AUGGCACUCUGGUUGACCGUGGUCAUUGCCCUCACCUGCCUUGGUGGCCUCGCCACCCCGGGCCCCGUGCCUCACUCCAGAGCCCUCAAGGAGCUCAUUGAGGAGCUAGUCAACAUCACCAGGAACCAGGCAUCCCUCUGCAACGGCAGCAUGGUGUGGGAAGUUAACAUGACAGCCGGCAAGUACUGUGCAGCCCUGGACUCCCUGACCAACGUCUCUGACUGCAGUGCCAUCGGAAAGACCCAGAGGCUAUUGAAAUUACUCUGCCCUGUCAAGGCCUCACCUGAUUCCAGUGAGCCUAUCCGAGACACCAAAGUUGAAGUGACCCAGCUGAUAAAAGACCUGCUCAAGCAUUUAAGGGAAAUCUUUCGCCAUGGAGAACUCAACUGA